AUAUAGGCGCUCCUUUAAAUUGAGUCUCCAGCCGAGUUGGAAACGCAAGACGAAGAUUCAUCAUUUGAAUAAAGAGGCUGAUCAAAAUCAAACAGCGGGAAUCUUAAACAUCUGAACAAUAAUACUAUAAAAUAAUCCUGCACAGCCCUUUUAUUUUUGCAUUCAUUAUAAAAGGUGUUGUAGCGUGUGCCAAUUUUUUUUUUCCGGAGUUGUUUUGUUGUUGCUUUCAUUCCUCAUUGAAAGGACGAAUUGUGGCCUGUGCCUAGGUCAUCGCCAAUCAGCAACGUGAAGAAAUAAAAAAUAACGAGACCAAGAUCACUUGUAUAGGAAUUGAAACAAGGUUCGCCAUUUCAUUCCUGGUGCACACACACACACACUUCAAUGCGCCAAUUCGAAACAGACUGGGUAUCAGAUUUGUAUAAAUAGCCGGUCGGGUGCUGACUGAAAAUUAUAACCACACCGUUUUCCAAAGCGACCAGUUCACCAUUAAAAUGUGCCGUCUUAGUUACACAUUGUUGGCCGGAGCCCUGAUGGUUCUGGCAAUGCUAUUAAAUGAAAGCAGCUGUUUCACUCUUCACCGUUUCGACAACAUCAACAACGAACGCCGCGAUGAUUCCGCCGACGCCAACCCCGCGACGGCCACCGGCUCUGGCGAUGAACCGUCAUCCCAACAUCAAUUAUUCAAGCGCAGCGCUGCCGCCCUGCCGGCCCAGCAGCCUCAACUCACGGCGGCCGAGUGGCAACUCCUCUUGCAGCAGAUGAUCGGUCAACAUAAUGUCGACUCGUCCGACGAGUGGAGCCUCCGCCCAGCAGCCACCAACGUCGGAGGUGAUCGUCGUCAGCAGUUGGACUGGGAUGCCAGCGACGAGCUGGAACAAGACGAUGACGACUCGUGGAAGAACGUCGAUCUGCUCAAGAAACUGUUCGGAAAUUCCUGGGAGUCGGUCAAGGAUAUGCAGUUUGCUCACACGUCCACCGAGGACUUGAUUGAAGAUUGGAUUCGUAAUACGCAACUUCAAACUUUGGCGUGGGGUGAAAGGCACCAGCACCCAUCAUCUUCUAAUAGCGGCUCAGCUGCAACACUUUGAUAGGAUAAAACCGCGCAAUAUUUCGUCUUCUUUUAUUGUUGUACAUAUAUGCCUGUGUGAUAUCCUAUUAUCGUUGUUGUACAGUCUGCUAUUGGGUGUAGACCGCCUGAGCACAUUCUCUUUAUGCAAAUGCACAUUCAAAUCUCCCGCGCACCAUUCGAAAAAAGAAUACAGAAAAUUCACGAAUU